CCAUACACACCACCCAACCCUCUCACAGACCACACCUCUUUCUCUCUCUUCUUCUUGUCCUUCUCUCUCUCUCUCUCUCUCUCUCUGUGCCUAAAGUCCAUUCCUUUCCUUCUCUCCCCCCACAAACCGAGCCACGUUCUGCAUCAUCACCAUCAUCAUCUUCAACCCAUCCCUCUUCACCGCCAAAAUCCUUUCCCUCUUCGCCGUCCAGAAUCCCGCUGCGAUCUGCUCUUCGUCUGCUUACUGGGUCAAGUCAAAGCUGGUCCCUUUAUUUUGCGGUCUGGUGGUGUAGCUGGGGUUUGAUUCCUUGGGAUACUUGCCUGGAAAUGUUUCCAGAAAUCUAGGGAUUAAGCCAUGGAAGCUAGAUUUGGGACGGAAGCUACUCAUUUCUAUGGUAUGAGUGCCAUGGAUAUGCGGGCAGUGGGGAAAAGAAGCCUGGAAUGGGAUUUGAAUGACUGGAAAUGGGACGGCGAUCUUUUUAUCGCUAGCCCUUUGAAUUCCGUACCUUCUGCUGGUAUGAGCAAGCAGUUUUUUCCACUCGGCACGGGGAAUUCCUCCAACAGUUCUUCCUCUUGUUCAGAUGAAGUGAAUCAUCUGGAAAUUGAGAAAGGGAAAAGGGAGACAGAAAAGAGGAGGAGGGUUAUUGAUGUUGAAGAUGACAACUUGAAUGAUCAGGAAGAAGCGGGUACUCUGAGCCUGAAGCUUGGAGCACAUGGAUUCCUUGCAGGAGAGAGGGAGAUGGGGAAUUGGGAGGGAAACAGUGGGAAGAAGACCAAGUUGAAUGGUGGAGGUAGCUCAAGUCGUGCAGUUUGUCAGGUGGAGGACUGUGGUGCUGAUCUGAGUAAGGCUAAAGAUUACCACAGGAGGCAUAAGGUCUGCGAGAUGCACUCCAAGGCCACCAAGGCCCUUGUGGGAAAUGUUAUGCAGCGCUUCUGUCAGCAGUGUAGUAGGUUUCACGUCCUGCAAGAAUUUGAUGAAGGGAAGAGAAGUUGCCGUAGACGUUUGGCUGGACAUAAUAAAAGGAGAAGGAAGACAAAUCCUGAGGCUAGUAGCAAUACAAAUACUGUGCAUGAAGAUCAGACUGGCAGCUACUUACUGAUAAGCCUUUUAAGGACACUCACCAAUAUGCACUCCAAUAAAUCAGACCAAGCGACAGAUCAAGAUCUGUUGUCUCAUCUCUUAAGGAGCCUAGCUGGGCAAACAAUUGAACAUGGAGGAAGGAACAUAGCAGGGCUCCUGCAAGAACCUCGAGAAUUGCUCAAUAAUGGCUCUUUGUCAGGAAAUCCGAAGCAAGCUCAACUUCUGCUUACAAAUGGUGCAAGUAUGCAGACCUCGUCUUCUAUGAAAUCCAGGAUGCCAGAUAACUAUCCAGCAUGUUCAGAAGUUCGUGACAGUAAUCCAGGGCACAUGAAGAUGAAUAACUUUGAUCUGAAUGAUGUGUAUAUCGACUCUGAUGAUGGAACUGAAGAUGCGGAAAGAUCACCACCUCUUGCUAAUGGAGGGACCAGCUCCCUUGGUUGCCCUUCAUGGGCACAACAAGACUCUCAUCAAUCAAGUCCACCACAGACAAGUGGAAACUCAGAUUCAGCAUCUCCACAGUCACCUUCCAGUUCCAGUGGAGAUGGACAGAGCCGGACAGAUCGAAUCGUUUUCAAGUUAUUUGGAAAGGAACCAAAUGAUUUUCCUUUGGUUUUGCGAGCCCAGAUCCUUGAUUGGCUUGCUCACAGUCCUACUGAUAUUGAGAGUUACAUUCGUCCUGGUUGUAUUGUUCUUACAAUUUACCUUCGUCAGGAUGAGACAGCAUGGGAUGAACUCUCCUGUGAUCUUAGCUCUAGUUUGAUUAGGCUUCUGCAUGCAUCAGAUGACUCUUUCUGGAGAACUGGAUGGCUAUUUAUCAUGUUGGAGCAUCAAAUUGCCUUCGCUUAUAAUGGUCAGGUUGUUGUGGACACUUUUUUGCCUCUUAGAAGUAUCAACAGCAGCAAAAUCUUCAGUGUCAAACCAAUUGCAGUAUCUGAGACAGGAAAGGUUGAAUUUUUUAUAAAGGGGACAAACUUGUCCCGCUCAAGUACAAGGAUACUUUGUGCCAUUGAAGGAACAUAUAUGGCCCAAGAAGACAGUGAUGAACUGGCGGAUACUGUUGAUAGCCAGGGCGAAGGCCAGCUGCAGUGUGUCUCUUUUUCUUGCUCUGUUCCCACCGGACUUGGAAGAGGAUUCAUUGAGAUUGAAGAUGAUGGUAUUAGCAACGGCUUCUUUCCAUUCAUAGUUGCUGAGGAAGAUGUUUGUUCAGAGAUACGCAUGCUUGAAGAUGCUUUGGAAUUUAUUGAAACUGAUGUGAACUUGGCUGAGGGUGGAAGAAUGGAUGCCAAAAACAGAGCGAUGGACUUCAUUCAUGAAAUGGGUUGGCUUUUGCACAGAAUACAAUUGAAGUCAAGAUUGACCGACAUGGAUCCCAACACGGAGUUCUUCCCUCUAAAACGAUUCAGAUGGCUUAUGGAGUUCUCCAUGGACCACGACUGGUGUGCUGUAGUGAGAAAGCUCCUGAGCAUAGCUCUCAACGGAUUGGUUGAUAUAGGAGAAUACAGCUCUCUGGGUCUAGCUUUGUUGGAAAUGGGCAUUCUGCACAGAGCUGUGAGGAGGAAUUCUAUGUCCCUUGUUAAUUUCCUUCUGAGAUAUGUCCCCGAGAAUGUGCAGUCUGAAGAUGAGGCAGUUUCCACUUGGAUUGAGAGCAACAAAGGCUUUCUGUUUCGGCCGGACAUGGCUGGCCCUGGAGGUUUGACCCCACUUCAUAUUGCAGCUGGUAAAGAUGGAUCUGAGGAUGUAUUGGAUGCAUUAACUAAUGAUCCCCAAAUGGUUGGAGUUGAAGCAUGGAAGAAUGCUCGCGAUAGCACUGGCUUUACACCCGAGGACUAUGCCCGGCUACGUGGACACUACUCGUACAUCCACUUAGUACAGAGGAAGAUCAACAGGAAAUCCGGGUCUGGUCACGUGGUGCUGGACAUCCCAGGCAAGGAGGCUUCAGAAACCAGCACCGACCAGAAGGAAACCGAAGCACGAACUUCUUCCACCUUGGAGAUUGCUAUGCCGACAUCAUCAAAACCUGUCAGCGGCAGCAGCAGCAACUGCAAGCUGUGUAGCCACAAGGUGGCUUAUGGGGUACCGAGGCGGUCUCUGCUGUACAGGCCUGCAAUGCUGUCAAUGGUUGCUGUGGCUGCAGUCUGCGUCUGUGUGGCUCUUCUGUUCAAGAGUUGUCCUGAGGUGGUGUACGUGCUGAGUCCAUUCAGGUGGGAGAUGUUGGAGUUUGGAACCAGCUAAAAGCUGCUAUGUGCAGACGCUGGGACGACGACGAGAGAUGCGAUGACUGCGUUGUGAGUUAGGGAAGUGUUUGUAUUAUGAUAUCAUUAAUAUGAAAUCAAGUUAGUUUAAAAAAGAUUUGUAUGGCCCUAUAUAAGAAGAUUUUAAAGAGAGUUUAUGAGUCUUGUCUUUGGGAGACAGAUUACCCUUUGGUUCCUGUAUAACAAAAAGAACAAAAGAAGGUUUCUGGACAGACAUGGGAGUUCUGAGAUUCUGCUAAACUUAAGCAAUGUGAUUUGACAUAUUUAUUUGUUUAUUAUUUAUUUUUGGAUCAUUCUCAUAUCAUAUGAUCUUCUGCUACGUGAAUUGGAUCAAGAGGUUUGAGGGGGAGGGGAGACUUCUGUCGUUCAUGUGAUCUCUUGCUGGAAAAAACAGAAGAACAUAUGGGAUGUGCUGAGGUGGGCUAAGGCCAAGUAAUGAAAAGCCAAC